GUAAACAAUGCAGGUGUUUUGUAGUUGGAUGUAAAAGUGAAUAUAAGAGUCCUCAUUUUCUCCCAACAGACAGAAGAGAGGGGCGGAGUGAGCAGUAGCUCAUUAUCAUUUAAAGUGAAAUGCACCGAAACGGCUCGCUGUGAACAGAGCUGUGUUUGACAAGGGGAAUCUCCUUACUUGUGCUGGUUGACUGGCACCACUGGAUCCAGAUGACUUGGCGGUUUUUUCUUCCUAUAAAUGUUUGAUGACUAUCACCGUUAUACAAUUAAAAACGUCAAUGACUUCAAAUCCCAGGGUUCUCUGGACGCAAACGCGUCCUCUGCAACAUUGUUUUUACAGUGCCGGUCUCGUGCAGAACUCACGCGUUCCUGCCGAAAGGAGUUUAUGGAUGACAAGAGGUCUGCCAACAGGACACAGAUUAGAAAUCAUCGUUGAACGAAAGUUAUGGGGACACGAAAAGUUUUGGUGACAGGAUGCUCCUCUGGAAUUGGUUUGGCAGUGGCAGUCCGUCUUGCAAAGGAUGAAUUAAGGCGCUUCAAAGUUGUGGCUACUAUGAGGGACCUGGAUAGGAGAGAAGCUCUGGAGAGAGCAGCUGGAGAAACCCUCAACAGAUCCCUGGAGAUCCGACAGCUGGAUGCCACCUGUGAGGACUCCAUCAGAGAGUGUGUAAACAGCUUGCCAGAUCGACGAGUGGAUGUGUUAGUGAAUAAUGCUGGUGUGGGUAUGAUUGGUCCUUUGGAGUGCCAGAGUGUAAGUGCUAUUCAGGAACUCUUCAACACUAAUUUCUUUGGCCUGGUGAGACUGGUGAAGGAACUCCUGCCUGACAUGAAGCGGCAUCAGAGUGGACACAUCGUAGUGAUGAGCAGCGUCCUGGGCAUCCAGGGACUACUUUUCAAUGAUGCAUACGCUGCCUCUAAAUUUGCUGUAGAAGGGUUUUGUGAGAGUCUUGCUGUGCAAGCUAUGAAGUUCAAUGUCAAGAUGACGUUAGUGGAGCCAGGCCCAGUUGUAACUGAGUUUGAGCAGAAAGGGUAUGAAGAGGCAGAGAAGAUGGAUCUGUCAGAGACUGAUGAGGAGACAGCUCGGAUCUUCCGUCAGAUCUACCUGCCAUAUUCGCGUAAAAUUUUCAACUCGGUCGGGCAGACGCCUGAGGAAGUGGCAGAGCAAACUCUCCAGCUGAUUGUGUAAAACCCUCCAUUUCGUCAUCAGACCAAUCGUUUUUACAUGCCAUUGACUGCCAUGAAGCAUGCUGACCCUACAGGACGACUACCCAUAGAGGCAUUCUAUAAAAUGAUCUUCCAGCAUGACCGUAUGUUUAAUGCUAGUCUGAGCAUUCUACGCAUACUGCACAGAAGACUGGGGAAAGGUACUGCCUAAAAAGGAUUCUGAUGGGGAAAAACAUUUCAAAAGCAUUACAAAGACUGUUUAACAUCCCAAAAAUAGGUCAAUGCUCAAUGCAAACAAUAAAAUGAAACAAACCACAGUUAGCAUAGCAACAGUUUUGCUACUGUGAUGGCUCGCUACUUGAUGUCCAAUGUAAAUUCUGGAUCCUGAUGAACUGUUCUAUCUUUAACCUCAAGACUUCACUUGGAGGAAUAAACAGCUUUUGUGAGGAAACAGCUUAGCAUUUAAUGAAUUGACAGCCUACCUAGCUUAGUUUUGGAUUGAACUAUUUGUAGAAUUUACACUGAAAAAUGCAGUUUUAUAAGAGAAGACUUUUUGCGACAGGUGUGAUUUAGUUUACGGGACUUCUUAUUAAUUUCGGCAGUAUCCAUAAAUGAUGAUUGACUGUUGCACUAUUGCAAAAUUAAAUGACAUCAAGGCUGUGAACUGCAGCCAGCAACUUACUUGCUCAUGCUCAUACUCGUGCACACAUAACAUGUAAGAUACUGAAUCUGAUUCAGUGCCCGAUAUUUACCUUUUUCUUUAAUGUGGAAGUAAGCCUAUGGGUGAGACUUCUGGUUCAUUAGUCGCUAUAGGGAAAUAACGAGAAGAAUAACAACAUGCAGUAAACAUUAGAUAAACAAGAUAAUACAUCAGAAAAUACAGCAAGACACCAAUUUGCAAUAUCAAGCAGCAAAACCAGCUGUUUUGUACGGCUAAAAAUAGCUGGGAUCGAAUGAGACCGGAAGCCCACUCUUACGGGAAGAAAAAGGUGGAUACUCAUGGCACAGUUAUUUUUUGUUCUUUGCUUAGAAGUAAAAUAAAGUUGGAAAUAAAUUGGCAGCAAUGCUGUUAACAUCCAGACGCUGUUCAUGCUGCUGAGAGCGACGUUUAGAUGAAUAUGUGCAAUAUGUAAAUAUGUGACCCUGGACCACAAAAUCAGUCUUAAGUUGCUGGGGUUUAUUUGUAGCAAUAGCCAAAAAUACAUUG